CGCCCGCUGACUGACGGCUCGGGCCGCAGCGCCUAGCAAGGACCCGGCUGCUCGUGAGCGGCGCAGUCGCCGCAGCUGCAGAUCGGACGGUGUCGCCGGCUGCCAGGUCUCCCGCCUGACGGACGCCGCCGCGAUGCCUUAGGCCACCAAGCUGCCCUGGGGGACUCGUCCUUGGUGGCGGCUUCGUGUGCACGGGAGGCCCCCCCACUUGCGCACCUCGGAAGCUGCCCCUCGACGCCUGCCUGCACCAUGGAGACCCCGGAGGUGCCCGUGGGCUCGCUGAUUGACUUUGGGACCGAGCCGCCAUCCUCCCCUCCCCUGGAGGCUGUGCCUGCGACCCUCCAGGACAGGGACGGCUCCCUGGGUGAUGGCGCAUCUGAGAGUGAGGCCACUGAGUCCGCAGACAGCGAGAAUGACAUGGGCGAGUCGCCCUCCCACCCCUCCUGGGACCAGGACCGCCGCUCCUCCUCCAGUGAGUCCUUCUCCUCCAGCCAGAGCGCGGAGUCAGCCCAGGACGAGGAGACCCUGGCCCUCCGGGAGUUCAUGCGUGGCUACGUGGAGAAGAUCUUCUCCGGAGGGGAGGACUUGGAGCAGGAGGAGAAAGCCAAGUUUGGAGAGUACUGCAGCAGUGAGGACGGCAAGGGCCGGGAGUGGUUCGCCCGCUAUGUGAGCGCCCAGCGCUGCAACUCCAAGUGCGUGUCGGAGCCGACCUUCUACCGCCUGGUGCAGUCCUUCGCCGUGGUGCUGUUCGAGUGCCAUCAGAUGGACGACUUUGGGCCCGCCAAGAACCUCAUGACCAUGUGCUUCACCUACUACCACAUCGGCAAGCCGAACCCUCUGCCCUCGGAGCCCAGGGAGAGGGUGGUGGGCAGCAUCGACGCCUACCUGAAGUCCGCCAACAGCUGGCUCGCCGAGAAGAAGGACAUCGCCGAGCGGCUGCUGAAGAACACGGAGAAUGUGAAGGGCUUCUUCGGGGGGCUGGAGACCAAGCUGAAGGGGCCCCUGGCCAGAAGGAGCGAGGACGAUGAAAACAAACCCAAGGACAAGCCGCCCAAGACUGUGACAGUGCCCAGCCCUGAGGAGGAGCCGAAGGGGGAGAAGGUCUACCUGUACACGCACCUGAAGCAGCAGCCCAUAUGGCACACGCUGAGGUUCUGGAACGCUGCCUUUUUUGAUGCCGUCCACUGUGAGAGGAGGAAGCGACCCCCGACCACCAGAGGGGAAGCUGGAGAGCAGGAGGAUGAGAGGGAGAAGUGGUGCCACAUGACCCAGGAGGAGCGGGACGACAGCCUGCGGUUCAACGAGAACAUCACCUUCGGGCAGCUGGGCACCUUCACCCACAACAUGCUGGCCUUCGGGCUGAGCAAGAAGCUGUGCGGCGACUUCCUAAAGAAGCAGGCUGUGAUCGGCAACCUGGACCAGGAGCAGUACAAGCUGCUUAGCGACCACAUUGAGCAGAUGGCUGCUGAAUAGAAGACCAAGCGGAUGCGGUUCUCCUGGGCCGGCAGCUGGCCACGCCCCUCCAAUGACCCUGCAUGUCACCAGCAGCGCCGGAGUUGCCUUGCUGCCCAGAACUAGCGAUUAGAAGACCCGUCCUCCUCUCGCCGUCUGCCCAUGUCCCACCCCCGACCACGUGCCAAAGCGUCUCCAGGGACUGCUGCCCGCAAGUACCAGGCUUGUGAGAUGAGCCCAGGGAAGGAGGACAGCGGCCACGCCGGGGUGGAACAGGGCCGCGUCCCGCAUGGCACCGCUGAGGGCAGAGCAGGCGUGGGCACAGAAGUCAGAGGCAGCUGAGCGACUGGCGGUCAGUGCAGAGCAGACCCUUGCAGACACUGAGAGGGGCUCCAGGGUUGGUCACAGCUGCUUGCUCUGCCCGCCUCCCCCGUGUGACAGGAGCUGGGAGUCACGGGAGCCCGAGGAGCACAGACACCUCCUAUUUUAGGGAGAGAAAGAGCCACAGGGGAGGGGACAUUUUGCUGUGUGAGACCUGCCACCCUCGCGGGGGUGUGAGUGCCCUGUGACAUCGCAGCAGCCAGGCUGUCUGCAGGUACCUGAGAUGCACAGAAGGUCCGCCACUCGGGUGCACUCUCAGGGCACCUGCGCCCCGCAGCCCACGUUUCCUAUCUUCCCCUCGGACCCUCAUCCCGACUGCAGGCCCGGGAACCUGGCCGCUCCUGUGCGCGUGUGCCAGGCCAGCCUGUGGGGACGCAGGCCGACGUCACAUGGGACCGAGUUCUCCACCUCCAGCCACGGUGGCUUCUGGUCACUGACCUUGGGAUGGGCCACAGCCAUGCUUCCUGCUCUGCCCUCUGGCUGUGACACACAGCCAACUGUCACCCGCCAAGCCGAGCCGGGCAGGCUCCCUCUCAGCAGCACCUCCUGCAUGGUCCCCGAGCCGGGUGUGGACGGCCGAGCCCUGAAGCGUGUGUCCUGGGCACUGGGCCACGGAUGGCAGCACUGGUGGGGGAAGGUGGCUGAUGACCUGGUGCAUGUGUGUCACUUCAGUGCCAUCAGCCAGGACGUGUGGCUAGUGUGCCGGGUACUGGGGCCCCCUGUGCCACCUGGGCACCCUGCCCUCAGCAUCAGGCCCCUGUGAUGGCACUGGUCUCUGCUGGAUCUUGUUUAGGGAAGUCAAGGCUACAGGCCCAGCAUCACCUUCUGGACAUCUGGUGCCAGAGUGCGGGGUUGCCAGGCCCCACGGGGCAGGCAUAGAGACCAGUCGCAUUCAGUGUGUUGGCAUUAGUGGAAGUGCAUACAGACUGCCUGGUGCCCCAGGGUGUGCCCUUGCGUAGAAGAUUCCUCCUCGGCGGUUCUCCUGCAGUCAGCUUUCUGGGGAAACAUCACUGCAGACCCCAGGCUCCGAGGGUUUCCUGUGCUGGCUGCUCCGGCAGCUCUGUGACGGGGAGGAAGGGCCGCUGUCCAUCUUCCCUCCGCACGCCCUGCUCUCGCAGAGUCCCGAGGUGCCAGAUUUGGCCCCCAGCUGCACCCUUGGUGUGUGCAUGACACAGGCCCGGCCACGCACACAGAACCAGGCGGGCUCUGCCAUCUCAGGUGACCUGUGCAGUGCCGUGUGGCAACCUGGGUUUUCCUGUUGCCAAGAGAAGUGGCUGCAGAGGGGGAAGAACGAGGGGGCACAGAGGGAGGGUUAGUGCCGAGCAGUAGCACGCUUCGCGCGGCAGGCGCUCAGGCUCGUCCCGGACACAGAGCCCAGGCUGGGUGCAGAGUGGAGGCCGGGCCGGCGCCCACUUCCACAGCCUGUGAGGAGCCCGGGCUGUCACGCCUGGGAGCUUCAGCUGUGAGGCCAGCGCUCCUGUGGGGUUUCGGUGGAACCGGUCACCUAGCGGGAGGCUGGGGCUGAAGCCUGGUGCACACCGUGGUCGGAUCAGCUUGGCUAAGGGGCUUCCUACAAGGUCGGGCAGUGGGCUGUUUGCUGAGCAGUGUGGGGCUUAAAGGACAUCAAAACUGAGAGCACCUUUGUGGGAGGGAGAAGCAAAGCACAGGGAGAGGACAGGGGCCCCUCGAGUGGCCAGCAGGGUCUGCUCUGGGUUCCCCACCCCACCACCAGAUGGGGGCGGUGGCGUCUCCGUGACCCCCGUCUGCCCACCGAGCUGUCCCCCUACUCCUGCAGCCCGCUCGCCUCGCUCACCUUGUGGGAAGCUCUCAGCUGCCGUCCGGGAGGGGGAGCCGCGCAGCUGGCCGCGCCCCUGGCAGGUUUCAUGUGAAGAGCAAUGCGAGACGCGUGCCCAGGCGCCGGGGACAGCGCGGUCCCUGUGCCGUGCAGCCUCCCUUCCUGCAGCCCUCACUGCUGCGGCUGGGCCAGGCUAGGGGCGGAGGGGUCACGUCCACACUGCCCAGACGCUGCCCUCUGACCACGCCCCACCCCCGUGUCUGCGGACCUGCGGAUCACCUGUUCCAGGGAGGAGCGUGGAGUCUCAGGACCUCCGUGGGCCCAGGCCACCUGCAGGGGCUGCCUCGGGGGCAGGAGAGCUGCCUGGCCCUGGGUAGUGGGAUGAGGGCAGAGGGGGCCUGGCAGUGCCCCUGGGACCGGGUGUCGGUGAGCAGCUCCCCAGGGGGGCUUGGUCAUGUUUGGUGGCAUCAGACCUGCUGGGCCAUUUGAUCCGGAGCCCCAGGCUCCCACCUAGCAAAGCCCCCCUCUCACUCCUGGGGUGCUGUCAAGUUCUGCGCUGUAACCAGAAGGUGCCCUGUCCUGGCCCCUCCUUGCUCUGAUUGGCACAGCCCCUCUGCCCUGGGCCGGAAGGACGGACGGGGACAGUGCGGGGCAGAGGCUGACUCGAGGGCAGUGCGUUCAGGUCUAGCUUCCGGGAGGAAUCCAGGUGGAGCCCGGGACUGUCACUUCCAGGGGCCUGGAGGACCACGAGGGGACAAGCCAGGGACCCGGCCACUGGGAAACCCAGCACCUCGGACAACAUGCCUGUGCCCUCUGCAUGUGUGCCUCACGUGCGCUCUGUCCUGCCGCCCAUGUGGUCCUGGGCCCGCCCUUGCCGCCGUCUUCCCAUCCUGUGUGGUUGCGUGUGGUACCGGUAUCUCGUUCGUUGCUGUUAUGCGAUCCCGUGUCCCCAGGGUGAUAUUCUAAAAUGGUAUUUUAGGGUUGAGAAAGUUCCCAGGGUGGAGUUGGCAAAGCAGUGCUAAAAUCAGAGCUGCUUCGUGUGAAGAACAGUGUGGACGCAUUGUACCUUCUGACCAGGAAGUGGAAACUGAAAUAAAUUAUCUUUUAGAAGAAAA